CUAUUGCCAGAGCAAAGCCUUUUAUCGUCGCCGAGAAAGGCAGAAGGGAAUGACAGAAAGAGCCCAGCCUGAGGAAACCUCCUUCGCAAAGCCGUGUCACUUGGAGGGGAAUUUUGGCAUCGCCAGAGUUGUUUGCAGUUUGGCUUUUGAAAAAUAUAUCCAGCCUCGACUGCUCUUGGGCAGCGGGAGAGGCUGGAGCUCAGAUCAGACCCAUCGCUGCGCGGGGGCCGCGGGUCUCAGGUCCCAGCUCCGCAGCAACUUCCAACACCCCCUUCACGCCGGAUGUGCCCCCUUCCCUUCACCCUCCCGAACCAAAGAAGACCCCAGCCCCCGCCCCUACAGCCCGCAGAGAAUCACUGGUCUUCGCUGCCAGAAUCUAAGUGGAAAGGAAAGAUUAGGAGAUUCCAAGCGGAGCAGCCAGAUUCCACCAGGGAGGGGGGAAAAAGCCCUCUCCAAGAGGGGUAGAAAAAGUGAACUUCAAGAAUUUGGAGAAAAACUGAUUUGCAUUGGUGAGGGGAGUACAAAUGCUGACUCCUUCAAUCAUGCACAAUUGUGGAAAGAAAGCAAGAUCCACAGUGCAAAUUAAUAUAUUAAAAGUCAAGGGAAGUCUACUAAGAAAGAAAUCAUUAACCUGUAUUUAACCCAGUAUAUCCCAAAUGUUUUUAGCCAUCAAUUUCCCUUUCUAUAAUACAUACUGAUCACUCUCUUUUACACUGUUGCGAUGCACUUUCUGAAUUCCAAAAGUAAAAUUAUUAUUUUUGUUGUUGUUGUUGUUAAUUUCUCAUCUGCUUUUUGAUAUUUGUAUUAGCCAGAUCACAAAUCUGUAUGCUGGAAUAUCGUAUCCGGAGAGAAAUUCUGGUUUGUGCUACAAUAGAAAUUUCUAAUCUCCAUUUUGAACUUCUACGAUGGAAGAAAGAUAUAUCACUAAGCAAUAAAUAUGUUUUCAUUUU